AUGCUAAAACCGACUACCCGAGAAAGUGCUCAGGCUCUUGCAGAUGAAGGAGAUGGAGGAGAAGAAUUGCUCGAUUUAGUCCUCGGGAUCCCAGGAAUCUUGGGGAUGAAAGGAUAUGGAGGCCAAGUCAUAUGCGGGGGAGUGUUGGAAAUGCGGGCAAUCGCUGGCGGAAUAGGUGCCGGUAAAGCGGAACUUGGCGGGUUUGGUGAUGAUGGUGGCAAUUUUGGGUCUGGCUGGGGAGAAGUAGGUGGUGUUGAUGAUCUAGGAGCUGGUGGACUAGGAGGAGAUUUCAUGGACUCUGAUGGUGGUGGUGUUGGUGAUUGUUUAGGCGUUGGUGGGUCGAAGCUAGGCGAGCGAGGUGGUGAUUUAGGAGAUGGUGAAUGGGAUCCGCGCGGAGCUUGA